AUGAGGCAUUUAUUAUCUUCGCAUGUCGCCCCGGCGGAGGUCGAUAUCGAGGGAGAGGAACUCGCUCCUUCAGGCGACAAAGAGGAGCAUAUCCUCGACGCUGCUAUACCAGUUCCUCAGCCUGGUACGGCCGAAUCCCUACACAAUGUUGCUGCGCCGCUUCAGCCUCCCCCUGGAUGCGACCCCUUAGCGCAGCCUGAAACAUCCGGCGUCGACAUCGAAUUUGAUUCUGAAUGGGAGUACCCAGGGCAAUACCUAUGGCCGCCCGGGCUGUUCGCUGAGGAUUCCACGGACGAGCCUGGGCAAGCGGUUAUGGUUGCACCGGAGAUGACUGGGGUGCCAACUGGCAUUGUGUCCUCCACACUACUAGUCGACAACACUGUCCCUCCACCCGUCUCGAGCGACGAUGCCGUCCUCCCGCCUGACUCGGGCGACGAUACCGCUCCGAUUCUCGACCAAACCCACGUUGUUCCUCCACCCGUCUCCAGCGCCGAUACCGUUCUCCCGCCUGACUCGGGCGACGAUACCGCUCCGAUUCUCGACCAAACCCACGUUGUCCCUCCACCCGUCUCCAGCGCCGAUACCGUUCUCCCGCCUGACUCGGGCGACGAUACCGCUCCCAUUUUCGACCAAACCCAUGCCAAUGGGAAGAGCGCCGUUCUGGCUGCUGGAUUCGAAGAGAUAUCCGCUAUCGUUGGGAGGCUAGCUAAGGAUGCAAACAUGCCUAACGCGGAAGUCUUGUCCCUGUGGAUGCGUUGGGCGGAUGUGCCGCGGUCGACGAAGGCGCAUAAUUACUGGAACAUCUACAACGCAUAUCUGAAAACGGCUAUGCAGGCAGAGAUAUCCAGGGUGCGCCCUGGCUAUAUCCAUGGUGCAGAGCUUAUUGAUCAAGAUUCCUGGCCCGAACUGCGUCUCCAGUGUUAUGCAGGCUUCCAGCAAGCAUUUGGUAACCAGUGGAAAAAGGUGUUGCAGACUUUCGACGCUCUCCAAAGCAUUGGGGGGGAGACGACGUUGCAUGUGCGCACCAAAAAGUUCAAAAAGUACGUUGCAGCGCUUGAAAGCAUGGUCAAGCGGCAUGCAAACCUCGAUGGGUUCGAAGCAAUCGUUAUACUUGCUGGAAACCUUCAACAUAACGACAGCGCUCUGGCGGAGUUCUUCUCGGCCAAGUUCACGGCCUCGAAAGACGAGGUCAAGGAGGCUUUUCAGGACCACAUAUAUCGCCAGUACCGGAUACAAGUGCACGAUAAGAACGACGCUUCAUGCACAGUCAUUCCGAUGUCCGGACCAGACCCUCACGGUGCAGCAGGCGCGCGACCGGCGGACUCUCAUGAUCGUACUGAAGACACGUCGCUUGAAGGUUCUUGCCCGCAGCCGCACAUGGGGCAGGCAAAGGGCUCAACUAAGAAUCGGCUGCAAGAGAUACAGUCCGCCGGAGGUGUCUUUCCUAGUCACGGGGCGUGGAAGAGAUGGCGAGACCUGUUGGCCCGGCAAGGUAUAGUGUGCGAGAACUGGCCAGAGCGUGCGCUUUGGCUGGGAUCUUGCGAAGGACCUUCAGGCAACUACAUCUCUUCGUCUGAUCAAGUGGUUCUACUCGAAGCGCUCUCCAAGGAAACACAUACUAUCGUCUUCAAGAAAUUGGAUACUAGUUGUAUACCUGUCACUCGUAAACCGCGUGCAGCCCCCCGGCGGGUGAAACUCGAAGAUUCAGUAGAUGGAGAGGUCAAGCCGUUUGCUCUGCGAGGGGUAUCUCCUACAUUGCCCGCCGACGUCGCAAGCGAUGUCGAGGAACGUCGCGGAGCAUUACAGACAUCCCAGGCGUCCGAACCCAAGAGCCCUCGCCCAAACAAGAGAAAGGCCGGGGCUAGUGAACUGCAACAAUCGAGCAAGCGUACACGAGUCAAGAGCGCGGCCGUGGAUAGCCCUGUGUUCGUUUGCGACGAGAUACAGCAGGAUGGUCUCGAUAACGCACUGGAUGUCGCUCCGCUUGCAAUGAGCAUCACUGGCAAGCCCGAUACUGACCCCUGCCCUGCGCCCAUCGAGCCUCGGACUCCGCAGCUGGGCACGGUACCUUUGUUGCAUCUCAGGGGUGCACUGGAACUUACCGCGGACUCGGCAAAGCGCGCAACGCCGGCGAGCACAGAAGACCCGUUGCGCGCCGGAGACGCCGGGUCGAGGCAUACCGAGACUCGGAUAUCUGGAGACGUAGCUGUAAAAGCCACGCAUCCGGAGGAUGUCCUAAGUUGCAACGCGGUCCAACAUGAGCUUCCAGGCGGCGCAGAUUCUCCCCUGCAAAUCCGCCGCGACGCACCUUCUGAAACCACGGCCUUUGGUAAUGAUCGUCCCAAACGUGUCAGUUUCAUGGACGUCGUCAUGAACGAGCCCCCGACGCCGCGCUCUCGCCGCCAUCCAGGGCCACCGUUACUACCGUCCUUUUCGCACCAGUACGACCAUGGGGCCAACCUGAUGUUGCUUACCCGCGUAUGGUUACGGACGGAAGCGCGAACCUUCAGCAGCGAUAUCGAGCAGGAGCAGGUCCCGUACCGCGACAACCACGCACCGCCUGACAUCGACCAACUUGAAAGUGGUGGCACCCAGUACGGGGAUGAUACAAAGCACUUCCAACGGAUGACUUUGCAACGCUCUAGUAUGUAUACAGAGCACAUGUCUCGCCAGCCCGAUUACCAGAUGCAGAAGUCUUUACAGCGCGCCCCUACGGUUACGGCGACGUUGCAGACCACUGCGGACCAAGGACAGCCCGGAGAUCCCACGGCCUCCCGAGCGAGCCCUGCGGCGGUCCUCGAACAUGCCAGCAUGGCCAGUAUCUUCCGCCCGUUCAGGCAUUCGACAGCUUUGGCCAAUUCCCUCGCUAUCCACAUCGUCACCGCCCGUCGUCACAAAGGCAUACUCCCGCAUACCCCAUACCUACCGGCUAUGCCUCACCAGAACCACAGCGUCAAGUGGUUGCUUAUGCCAAUCAUGGAGCUCCUACCCGACAUUUGCGUGAGGCACAAGUGCAUCACUACCACCCUUAUUGUACCGAGAGACACAGGGAGCGCAGACAUAGCCUUGAUGAAUGCAUCGACCUCACAGCGUCAGCAUCCGCUCACCGGUACCGUCCGCGGGGGUCCGCUAGCGCUGCUCACGGCUGCCGCGGGGACACGGAAUAGGGCACAUCCCGUUGCGCUCGAGGUAUCUCGCAAUGCACCGACGGUCGCGCGGCGUAGCGCGAAGCACGCUACAGACGUGUACGGCGGUUGCAGCCCUGUAUUGAGCGGUGAGUCCGAUGUCUCGAUCGGCGGGUAUCCGAUCUGA